GAUUGUAGCAUAUUGUUGUUUACUCGCUGCCUGCUGCCUGCUGGCUGCCGAAAUUUUUGUUUUAUUUCAAUUUACUGGCAAAUACACUAACUAGAAAGAGCGUAUCAUGAUAUGCCGUUUGUGCCUGUGCGAUUUGGAGAAUUCGGUGUCCAUCAGCAUAUACAGCGAUGCCGAACACGGACUGCCCAAGUUGAUAGCCAAAUAUCUACAGCUCGAGCUGAGUGUGAAUGAUAACAUAUCAAAUCGACUGUGCACACCAUGCUGGCGUUAUCUCACCGAAUUCGAACAGUUCUGCAUCAUGGUGGCAGAGCAGCAACAGAUGCUGCUAUUGAAAACGGAACCAGAGCCGCCGCCUGAACCCGCUGUUGUUGUUUGGAACACCGAGGCGACACCGGGUGUUGGGGACUCCAAGCUAUCGCUUAGCUUUGACAACGAUGUCAAGGAUCACAUACUCUGCGAACCCGAAAUCGAUGUAAACGAUCAGGUUGCCAAGCAGUUAAACAGCGACGAUGAUGACGACGAUGAUGAGGAUGAGGACGCUGGCUAUGCGGAUUAUGCGAUGGAAGGAGAUGCCUUUGCCGAUGAGGAGGAGUUUGAGCCUGUGGCUCCAUCGACUGCCACGCCCAAACAGCGCAAAGGCAAGACGCGUCAGACGGCGGCGGCCAAAGAAGUGCGAUCAACUGUUGUUACCUCAUUGCGUGAAUCUCGUGCACGUUCCCGUGAGUUGCGACGCAAUGCAGCCGCCUCUGUCACACAGACUGAACCUGAUCCUGUGCCUGUACCUGCACCUGCACCCAAAGCAGCGUCUGUUACUGCGUCGCCAGUUGCGACCAAACGUGGACGUCCAAAGGGCGCUGUGAAAGGCGCGUCGCCGAAAGUAAAGCGUCCCAAAAUGGAUGGCGAGAAGUUGAUAGCGAAACGCAGCAGCAUCAAGGAGAUGGAUGACUAUAUUGCGGCCAAUGUGAAGCUCGACUGUUGCCUCUGUGCGGCACCGUUGCAAAACUUUAUCGAACUGAAGCGACACUUUCGGGCAGCGCACAAAUGCACAGGCUACAUGGAAUGCUGCAAUAAUCGCUACAAGAAGCGAACGCUAUAUGUGGAUCACUUGCAUUAUCACAAGGAUCCGCAGUAUUUCAGCUGCAAGCCGUGUCGCAAGAGUUUCCUCAAUCGCAACAGCCAGGACAUGCAUAUGCUGCGCUUUCAUUCCGAUCAGCAGCAGUUGGUGCAUCAGUGUGGCAUCUGUGAGGCGCGAUUCGCCAAAAAGUUUCUCCUGACGAUGCACAUCAAGGGACACAAGGGCACCGAACGCACCGAGGCAUGCGACACCUGUAGCAAGACCUUCCGCACCAAACUGGAGCUGACGGCGCAUGUGAAACGCAUGCAUACAUCGGACUUCACGCUGAUCAUCUGUGACAUUUGCGGCGUCAAUUUUCGCUCAAAGGCCAACUUUCUCAUCCACAAGAAGGCACUGCAUCCAGAUGGUCCCGUUGCCGAGGUGCAGUGCAAUUUAUGCAGCCGCUGGCUGCGAGAUGAGCGCAGUCUCCGAAAGCAUCUGGCGCGGCACGAUGAUCGCGAGGGCAACAACAAGUAUCGCUGUCUGCUCUGCAGUGCCGAGAAGGCAUCUCGUGUGGCCCUGAGCAGCCACAUGCGUUACCAUCACUCCGCCAAGCGGCACAGUUGCACACUCUGUGGCAAGGAGUUCAAGUUGCCGCGCGCUCUCGCUGAACACAUGGCCACGCACACAGGGAUUGAUCUGUACUCGUGUCAGUUCUGCACGCGCACCUUCAAGUCCCAUGCGAACAUGCACAACCACAAGAAGAAGAUGCAUCCCAACGAAUGGGUGCGCAAAUACUCUCAACCCAGUGGCCAGGCGGCAAUCGCCGGUGGUGGAGGAGGAGGAGGAGCAGCUGCAACGAUGACAACGACGUUGGAUACGGCAUUGGAUUCCCCAAUUCCCAUGGAGGAAGAGGAGGAGGAGGUGACACAGCAAACUGCAUCCGAUGCCUCAGGCAGUUAUCAUCAGUUCAUCAGCAAUGGUGGCGCCGUCUGUCCACUCUGAGUAAUGGACUAGUCCACCGACUACUCUCCCGACUGUGUAAAUUAUGAGAUUUUUGAGUUGUAGCGUUUUUAAGUGAAGUUCUUUAUUUAAUUGUAA